UUGGGCUAGUUUGUGUUUGUGAUCAUAACAGUCUGAUACAGGGUUAAGAUCAGACAACAGCAUGGUAAGCAGUCAGGUAUGGGCCACAGGACGCGAAAUGCUACCCGUAUCACGCAAAACAAAACAUACCGAAUGUUCCAAUUAUUCGUUUGACGGUUCACCGCUGCCGGGACGGCCUGCCUCGAAUGUAAGUGGACCGAAUCUACUGAUAUCGACGCAGAACCCGUCAGACGUGAAAGCAGAAGUUAGAGAUGUGAAGAACAUCUGCGUCACGGAGUCACCAAUCCAAACUGGUCAAAAGAAACAGAAGUCCAUAUCUGAAAGGAAAUACCUUGGUGUCAGAGUGAAAAUGCCUGUGCGGGAUAUGCUAAAAAAUAUACGAAUAGCCAAGGGUAUCGAUCCCAAAGAUCUGGAGGGAAAAUCCAAGGCUUCCAUAGGGGACAAAAAAAGGGUUAACACUGGUACUAACUUGAAAAAAUGCCCGAAGAAACGACAAACAAAGAGUCUGGAGGACCUUGCAAUUAUAGUCAAAGUGCUGGAAGAGGAUCUUAAGACCUGUCAAUCUUUCAGAUCUCCAAAUAAAAGUCUUUCAGCUUCAUACUGUUCAGAAUAUAGAGAAAAGUGUUGGGGUGAAGAUGCAACACAACACAGUUGCAUGGCCAUAUACGGUCAGGAGAAGGAGUUCCCUCUGUCUCCAGGUUAUUUGGUACCAUCAGAGAACUCCCCUGUCCAUUCUGUUUGCAGCUUCUACCCCUCCCCAGCUUAUCACCAGGGUACUGAUAUCUUCUUGGGGAAUCAGGACAAAUAUAGCAGUUUUGAGUCAGAUGACUACAAGUGUGAAGAUCAAUAUGGAAUGACUUACUCUCCCUCCAAAUCAUCUGAAUACCAGGUGCCCUCUCCACAAGAAUCAUUCCAUUUCAGUCCCAACUCAGAAGCCUGGGAGGUUUCCCCAAAUGAGAUGAACCAUCAACCAUGGCGCAGUUCUCAACAAGACGAGUGGAGCAGUAUGGCCUUCUUCUGCGCACAAAUGCAAAGAGAAGAAAAUCUGCUUAAGGAAAUAUCUGAUCAAGAGCUUCUUGCCGUAGACAACAAUGGAAGAAUCCUUCUUCACAGAAUGGUUGAGGAUGGAAAGAGAGCUCUUGUAUAUGUUAUUGCCAGAAGGAUGGCAGCUUUGAAAAAACUGGAUAUGACAGAUUCAGAAGGAAAGACUCCGCUUCAUCUUGCUGCACAGAGAAAUCAAAACUUCAUGGUGGCUGACUUGCUGUCACUUGGUGCAGAUGUCAAUGAGAAGGACCGAUAUGGGAAAACAUGUCUCCAUCUCAGUGCACAGAAUGGAUAUAUUAGAGUCUUGGAGGUUCUGAAAGGUUUCAUGAGAAAUGGGAUAUUUAUUAAUUUGGAGGAAAGAGAUGCUAACGGUCUCAGUGCGCUGCAGUGUGCAGCAGUAGCGCUUAACCACACGGUGCGAGAACUGGAGAUAUGCAAGUCUGCAGGCCAGGUCCGGCUGCAUACGCUUCGCAAGGAACAGAUGAUGGAAACACUGGAGUGCCUUCUUCAAAUGGAGAGCCAUUUACACGCUUUGGGGCACCUCAAUGCAAAUAAAAGAGGUGUGGAUUCCAAGCCAUGUGAACAAGCGGCCUCCUUUCAGUCAGAUUAAAUUGAGGUAUGAGGUGCGAGGCUAUCAACAACAUGACUUACAAGUGGUUUGAUUACCUAAGAUGCUGCAAGUCUAGCAAGUCAUUUGUCUGCCAAGAAAAGCAGAGUUGUUUUAACUGACGGUAAAUGUUUUUGAGUUAAUACAAGCUUUAACCUACCAUUGAAAGCAAGAUUUUACUAAUCAGUUUUUAUCUAAAAAUAUGAGAGAUAUUUUAUGGCAUGGUAAAGCUAUGUAUUAUGCAACCUUAGGUUUUGUUCAGUGUUCAGGGGUAAAGCAUGGUGUAUCACUGCACAAAAACACUAUGGUUGCCUAUUAGCUGGUUUCUGUGAAACUUCCACUGUUUGCUACGUUUGAGUAGCAGAUCCUUUUGAAAUGGAAUAAAGAAUGUGGUAUGACCUCCAAGAGCAAAUAGUUUUGAUAUUGAGGACACUGGUAUGGUUAUGUAUACCUAGAUGUUUCUUUGUAAAUGGAUAGUUCACCCAAAAAUUUACAUUUUGUCAUCAUUUACUCACCAUCAUGUAAUUCCAAACUCACAAAAGGAGACAUUUUAAUGAAUAUCCUGGUCAAACUUUUUGUAGUACAAUUGCUGUUCAUAGUUAUUAAAAAAAAUAAUAAUAAUAAUAAUAAAAAGCUUAAGGGUAACUAAACCCUAAACCAACUUUUUUUAGUUAAUGAUCUGUAAGCAUGGGGCUUUAUUAGUACUGGUCAUUGAUUCAAUAAUUUAGACAUUUGUGUAUAAAGUGUUUUAAUUCUACAAUAUAUGGUGUAAAAAUGUCUGAGUGCUGCCCUCUUCAGGUUGAACGGUGGCUACUGCAGUUGAAUUUUCCUAAUGGCUGUUUGCGGUAGUUCGUGACGUAAGCGGUGAGAGCUGACGUAAGCAGGUUCCAGCUCACCACGACCUUGGUACGAGCUAGACACUGGCCCCAUUCUCCCUUGCGCGGCUGCUUCGCUAGCAUCGUCGGAUGCCGAUCGCGAUGCGGGAGUUAAAACCGCAGUUUGAGCCAGCGGCUCGAAUUGAUAUGGCUCCGGCCCUGUGCCCACAGACAAUUCACCCUCCUCCACUUCAGGUGAAGGUGGGGGAGAAAAGUCCUCGACUUCAAAAGACCGCUCCGUGGCAAAGCUACUUGCGUCACUCCAGUCACUCUCCAUUUUAGAGUCUGACAGCAGCUGUCAAUUAAUCCGUCACUACGGGUCUCAGGUGCAC